CCACUGGGUGGAGCAGAGGCUUAAAAGAAAAGCUGGAAUGUAGUUACUGGCAGAGUGUUGCUGCAGACUGAUGUGUCUCACACUGCCCCAUCAAAACUAACGUUGAUCAAAGAGAACCAAGCCCUAGCAAAACAUCUGCUGCAAAUAAAACGCUUGUCAUUUUGUUAGGAACAGAGAGAGGACACAUUUAGCAGUUGGAAUAUCUGAUCUAAUCGCAUUUGCAAACAUGGAAGAAGAUGCAAUCCAAGUAGAAAAGCAUGAAGAGGAGUUUCAGAAAAGUAAUGAACAUGAGAGCCAAGAGCUUGUGGUGCCCAGCCACAGUCCUACAGAAUCACCGAGUUCCAGUCCUACUCCACAUCAGCAUGUGAUGGACUCCAUCAAGGACAGUAGUCAAGUCAACGCCAUUACUGUCCUGACUCUACUAGAUAAACUCGUGAAUAUGUUAGACUCAGUGCAGGAGAACCAGCACAAGAUGGAAAAGAAACAGAUUGACAUAGAGAAUUCAGUUAAAGGUAUCCAGAAUGAUAUUACCAAGCUGUCAAAAAGUCACACCUCCACCAGUAACACUGUGAGCAAACUCCUAGAGAAGUCGCGCAAGGUCAGUGCUAACAUGAGGGAUGUCAAGGAUCGCAUGGACAAACAGACUGUCCAGGUGAAGAAGCUAGAGCACAACCACACCCAGUUGCUAAGAAGGAACAACUUUAAAGUCCUUAUCUUCCAGGAAGAAAAUGAGAUACCAGCAAAUGUGUUUGUGAAAGAACCAACUCCUGUCCCAAGCAUAACAGAAGGAAACGAGGAGUCUGUUGACCCUAACAAAUCUCAGGAGGAGAUUAUGCACACCAUCGAACUUUCUUCUGAUGAUGAAAUAAACCUUGACGAUGAACUGCAUGAUGACAGUGUCGAUGAGAAGUUCGAGAAAACCAGAGCAGAGAAAAUCAAAAGGUCAAGUCUGAAAAAAGUAGAUAGCCUGAAGAAAGCAUUUUCACGUCAAAAUAUUGAGAAAAAAAUGAGCAAGAUUGGUACAAAGAUUGUGUCACCUGAGAGGAGGGAGAAAAUUAAGAAGUCAUUCACCCCCUCCCAAAAAGGGUCCCCAUUCAAAGUUCCCCCACUUACAUUCAGUGUGAAGAAAUCCCACAAUGAGGAGACACCUGCAGAAAAUGAAGAAAAAUCUGCUGAAGAUGCUGUAGUUGAAGAAGAUGUAAAUGAAAUCGAUAAACAGUCAUUAAACGAGAAGCCUUCUGAAGUGUUACCUUCUCCUGAUGAGUUUAAAGCAGUGACUGAUACAAUACAACAAGAAGCCAAGAAAGAAGCAUCUCUAAUUGUGAAUAACAACAUUGAGCUCUCUAUUAUUGAAGAUGAAGAAGAUAAUGAAGUAGAACUUGAAAGCGAGAAUCCUUUUAGUCCUGAAUAUACACCAAGCCCUAAAGAACUUGAAGAAGCUUAUGAAGAACCCACACCAACAGCUCCACUACAUGCAUAAAGGAUGAUGAUACAUAUGUAACUAAACCACAUGCCAAUACUAAUAGAUUACAUUGAGGUGGGCUGCAUGUUGCCUAAACAAACACAUCAAUAAUCUUACAUUUGCUCAUUAUAUGUAGAUGAGAGACCUUGACAUUGUCUUGGGAUAAUUAUCAUUAGUCUGUUCUCAAUACUAAGUAAUGCUUAACUCAGAACUACAUUAUUUCACUACAGCUUUGUAUGUGCAGAUUCUUUAUACAUUGCUUUAACUUCACUAACAGUAAUUUGAAAGUACAUUCCCAUCUACAAUCUAAACCACAAGUAUAUCUUCUAUUUUUUUCCAUCUUUAGCAAUAAUUGGCCUUUUAUAUAGACAUACAUAGUAUUGCUUGGCAUCCCAUAUGGCAAGCUUUUAUGAAUAAAAUGAAUAGUGUCUUGUUCUUUGAUAAUAUUGUGGACAGGGAGUGCUGGCCAAUGGGAGGCUUAUACUCACUCAAGUACGCUAUAAAAGCAAAAAAGUAUCCUUUGAUGCUUAGUUUCAAAAUUGCCAGAAUGCAAUCUGUAUUUCUGUGCAAGGCUGUAAGAAAAGAUAAAAUUGAAAGUCUGACAAACUUUACAGUGACUAAAAGUUAUUUAGCAAAUGUUCUUUCAAUCUGUUUUUGCAUUUAGACUUUUUGCAUUUAGUUACUGUACCUUUAGUAAAUUAAGAACAAAACUUCUUGAAUGAUUUAAGUAAGUCAGAUUUUAACCAUAAAGAGACAUUUAACCCAAACAUUUUCUUUCAUUAUUCAGAUAGAGAACAGAAUUUUAAAAAAGUUUCCACUGUACUUCUAUUAUCAAAUUUGCUUUGUUCUUAUUUUAUUCUUUGUUGAAGGGUUACCUAGGUAGGUAGCGUGCACAUGUCUGCAGCACUACAUGACAGGAAAUAGUGCUUCCAUAUAGUGCUCUUGCUAAUGUAUAACAUUGUUGCAAAACUGCUGCCAUAUAGUGCUACAGACACGUGCACACUUGUGAGCUUACAUCACAGCUUUUCAACAAAGGAUAAAAAGGAACUGAAAUUUUGAUAACAGAAGUAAAUUUGGAAAGUUGUUUAAAAUUGUAUGUUCUGUCUGAAUCCUGAAAGAACAAAUUUGGGUUUUAUAUCCCUUUAAAAACACAGAACCAGACGCACAAGCUGAACAUAUUUUAAAGUUAAAGGGACAUUAAACACUAAAUACAUGCUAGAUAGAAUGAUGCAUUCAAAGAAAAGAUUAGUCCAUGACUAACAUGUAGAUGUAUUUUUUAAAGUUUCAUUAUUUGUUUAAAAAGUGACAAAAUAAGUGUAAAGUUUUAGUGUCUAUAAAACACUGGGAGCUGCCAUGUUGUAACUUGUGUUACCUUCUCUGCUGUGGCCAAUUAGAGAAAGUUAUACAUAGGUCACUAGGGUGUGCAGCCAAUGGUUGUGCUGGAUUUAACAGUGUUCUGCACUUCCAUUUCUAACAGGAACUGAAAAGCUCACAAUUUCAGAAUGGAAUUACAGGCAAAGAGGACAAAAUAAAUAAUGAAAGUAUAUUGCAGAGUUGUUUUAUAUAUGCAAUAUAUCAUUUUAUAUUACCAUCUCAAAGUGUUUAAUGUCGCUUUAACUUGACUUAGUGAGUCUGAAUUUUAUCCUAUGCAGCAUGAGCCAUCACUAAAAUCAUGACUCAUUUUUAAAACAGCAUAGCGAUUUUUCCUUUAUAAACAAAGAAGCAAAUGUUCCACUACUGCUAGUUCCUGCUUGUAUCUUUAAUUGGAUUAUGAUUUUUAAGGCUAGUCUGUUAUCCGUUCUAACAUUUUCUGCAACAAUAAUCUGCUUUUCACUAGUACAUUAGCAAACAAUCUUUAUAAAUAAAUGACUGUAAAUAUUGUGUGUGGUUUUUAGUCGCCUACUCCAGUGACUGUAUCAAUUUGAUAUUUCAUUAAGAUAACUGUUUCAGCAAUUACAUAUACUGAGUACAUUUUUUUUACUUCUUGCAACAAAUAUACAUAGCAGAACACUAAAAAAAAAUAGAUUAUAUAAAAAAAAUUCUCAAAAAAGACUUCUUUGUCAGCAAUAUGCUAUCUUAGUAUAGAGCACCUUCAUUAUUUAGAAACCAAAAUAUAUUGUAUCUUACACCUUCACUCCUUUUGUUUAAAUGAGCAUUAUAAAUGAGCACCAAAAUAUACAUAUAAACUUUAUAUUAAAAAAAUUAGAAACAUGCACACAUACAUGUGUAUGUAUAUAUAUAUAUAUAUAUAUAUAUAUAUAUAUACAGUAUAUAUAUAUACUGUGUAUAUAUAUAUAUAUAUAUACUGUAUAUAUAUAUAUAUAUAUAUAUAGAUAGAUAUAUAGAUAUAUCGCAAAAGUAUAUUUGCAACAAAUGUUUCAUAGUGUUGGGAAUACUUUUGCAAGAAAUAAAAUGAAUUAUGAUCUGUAACAUACGGUAAGUUAGUUAAAGGUGAAAAGUAUGUUUGAUUUUAUUUUUUUUAUUUGUACUGAAAAUGUAUACUGAGUGGAUUAUUGAUAAAUUAACCAGAUAUAUGAAAUAUACUGGUUGUUUGUGAUGUAAUAAAUAAAUGUUUUUCAUCUAUAUAAUUGCAAUUGAUUUUAGAUACUGAUGGCAUUGUAUAAUUUUACCGCGGCACUUUUGGAAACAAGGCCAUGCAACACAUUACAUACCACUCAGUAACUAUUGUAUUUACAUUUGCAAAUAGUGAGUGGGAGAAAAGAGACAUUUGUUUUUUGGAAGAAAGGAGAACACUGAAAGGCAUAUUCUAGUAUGGUAGUAAAAGUAUCUUGAGGAUACUAUUAUUAAUCAAAUGCUUAUUUGUUUCUGGGGGCUAACCCAAGCGAAGGGUUAACAAUAUAAAGGAGUGCUGCUGUUCCUGAUUGUGUUGCCUAGCAGUAUGCAAAGGUAAAAUAAAGGGCAAAACACAAAAUGAGAAACGAACAAGGAAUACUUAAAAGAAUUGGGGCAUUUUAUGAAAGCUCUGUUCAUUUAUCAAAAAAAAGUUAUUUUUUUAUGUAAAAUAAAAAUGUUGAUGAAAACAGUAAAAUAAUAAAUUUCAAUAUUAACUACAGAAUUAGCCAAUUGGUGGCCCACUAGCCAUGUGUGGCCCUCUGCAAUAGGUUUUGCAGCCCCAGGAAAAAAAGUAGAACUGUGGACGUGUGCCAUAGAUUUUGUAGUUCUAGGAAAAUGUGGAGCUAAAAUAUAUGCUGUGGGGAUUUCUGGUUGAUGGACAAACUCAAAUGAGGGGGAGAACAGUAGAUAGAGGUUGCGCUGCAACAUUAUCUAAAUCUGGCCCUGUGACAUUGGAUAUUUUAAAAAAAUACAUAAUUUGUGUUUAAUAUCUAUAAAUUAAUAUGUGGCCUUAAGGCUUCUAAAAUAUUGAUCUGUAGCCCCCAUGUGUGAUGAAGUUGGCCCUCACUGAUUUACUAUAUAAAGCAUAAAAUAAUGGGGUGUGGGGGGCACUGUGUAGCAAAUGACUAAAAUGUAUGUGACACACAUGACCUUUAAAUAGUGCUGAAGUUCAAUGGCACAGAACAAACAGCUCAAAGGACAAAUUACCCCAUCUAGUGAGGAUGUAGUUAUCUAUUAAAUUGCACCCACACAGAGGCAGAUGAGACAUAUGCCCCACACUGUCCUGUCAUAAGAUCCCAGACACCAUUUAUCUAUUUAAAAAAAGUGUCAGGCAACCACAACAUAAAUACCAGCUUUAAUCAUGCAACAGAACAUCCAUACCAAUUAUUUACAGUGGCCUGGUUAGCUGUGGUAUUGUACAAUAUACCAUAAAAACAAAUACUGUAAUUGCUUUUGUCAUAAAUGUAAAGUUAAAGGAUGACUCAAUGCAGUGGAAUUACAUAAUUAACAAAUAGAUAAUGAAAAGACAAUGCAAUAGCACUUACUCUGAAUUUCAAAUAAGCAGUAGAUUUUUUUUUUCUUUUAAAUUUAUUUUUUCUCCCAUUAGCCAGCCCCCUGUAUCAUGUGACAGACAUCAGCCAAUCACAGCCUAGUAUACGUAUACCAUGUGAGCUUGUGCACAUGCUCAGUAGGAUCUUGUUACCCAGAAAGUGUGAAUAUAAAAAGACUGUUCAAAAUUGGAUAAUGGAAGUAAAUUGGGAAGUGUCUUAAAAAUGCUGCUCUUUCUGAAUCAUAAAAGUUUAUUUUGACUUGAAUGUCAGCUCAUUAACUGCAUCAAUGUGCAGGGCCUGUGUACCUGACAGAUGAUUUUUUAUCUUAUUUUUUACAUUGUACAAACCCCAAUAUCUUUUAUUUCUCCUUCCUCUUUGUAAUACACAUUUACUGCUCGCUUUUAUAAGGUCAAUGUUCCUUCCUGGUUCAGCCAUAUAUAGUUUUUGGUUUAGGCAAGAGGAGGGCAGAUAUAAUGCAUUAGAAGGUCACAGUGUGGCACAUGUAAGUGUGGUAUAACACUUGGCUGCAAAAAUGGAGUCAAUAAACAACAUUCAACUCUCUCUUUAAACAGAUCCCUGAGAUGGGCUGUCAUUUCCUUUGAUAUACUUGACAUUAGUUUUAAGAUUGUAGCCAGUGUCACUGAUAAGUAUUAAAAUAAAUACUCUUACUACAAACCAUUAAAGUAUAAGAAUAUUUUGUUACUAUUAUCAGUUGUUAAUGUAUGAUUAGAAUGUAAUCUACCCAUUGAUUGCUACACAUGAACAACCUGAACAGCUCUACUCCAUUACAUACUUAUAAGUCAGGUCUAUCAAUGAGGCUGAAGUCAGGGCUUUUGACAAGCUCAAAUGUCCCUGGCACACCAAAGAUUUAUUUCUUAUAUCACUAGAGAUCACAUCCAGUGCUUACAUUUUGUUAAGGAUAAUGAACGUAAACAUUUAUAGAAAUUCAAUGAAUUAAACGGUAUCAAAACCAUUUGAUAUGUACAUGACACAUUAAUUCUUGUUCCAUUCCCUCUACAUAGGAUAUACUGCUUCCAUCACUUUUUCCUGUAAUUUAAAGUGAAAUGAAGUGUGAUUAAAAUAGACAUAUGAAAUCCUGGCUGCAUAACAUGUAUCAUGGCACCUUUACUUAAAGGGACAGUCUAGUCAAAAUUAAACUUUCAUGAUUCAUAUAGGGCAUGCAAUUUAAACAACUUUUAUCAUCAAAUUUGCUUUGUUCUUUUGGUAUUCUUUGAUGAAAGCUAAACCUAGGUAAGUUCAUAUGCUAAUUUCUAAGCCCUUGAAGGCUGCAUCUUAUCUCAGUGCAUUUUGACAGAUAUUCACAGCUAGACAGCGCUAGUUCAUGUGUGCCAUAUGGAUAAUAUUGUGCUCACUCCCAUGGAGUUACCUACAAGUCAGCAAUGAUUGGCUAAAAUGCAUGUCUGUCAAAAGAACUGAGAUAAGGAGGCAGUCUGCAGAGUCUUAGAUACAAGGUAAUCACAGAGGUAAAAAGUAUAUUAAUAUAACAGUGUUGGUUAUGCACAACUGUUGAAUGGGUAAUAAAGGAAUUAUCUAUCUUUUUAACCAUAAACAUUCUGGAGUAGACUAUCCCUUUAAUUGUAAUGUCAUUCAUCAAAGGGAUAAAAAAUCUCGAGUUUAUCCUUCUCACCCCCACUACUGCCGGCCCACUUUGAACAAAGCUUUUUUUUCUUUUCUAGAUGCAACAUAUUCACUGCUCAUCCAAUGUUUGUGCAAGCCAUAGGCAAGAAUUUGAUUUACCAUCACUUUCAUUCUGAAAACGAUGGGUUUUCCAAUUGCUGUUAAACGUGGAAAUGCAGGCUCCAGAUUUACACUGCUAUAUUCCACCCAGUCAUAGGCUUCACACUCUAGUGACCCAUUUAUAACCGUACCUAAUUGGUCUCAACUGUGAAAGUUACAACAUGGUGCCUACCAUUGCUUUAUGGAUACUAAACCUUUAUUUUUUUUAUAUUUAAACAACGAAUUUCAUUUUACAGACUAUGAAGCCCAUUUAUCAGGCUCCGGAGCUUGUGGGCCCGUGUUUCUGGCGAGUCUUCAGACUCGCCAGAAACGCAAGUUAUGGAGCAGCGGUCUAAAGACUGCUGCUCCAUAACCCUGUCUGCCUGCUCUGAGUAGGCGGACAGAGAUCGCUACAAUUCAACGCGAUCGAGUUUGAUCGGGUUGAUUGACACCUCCUUGCUGGCGGCCGAUUGGUCGCCAGUCUGCAGGGGACUGCGUUGCACCAGCAGCUCUUGUGAGCUGCUGGUGCAAUGCUGAAUACGGAGAGCGUAUUGCUCUCCGCAUUCAGCGAGGUCUUGCGGACCUGAUCCACACUGUCGGAUCAGGUCCGCAAGACCUUUGAUACAUAGGCCUCAUUAUCUGCAUAUGAUUAUUAGGCUAAUCUUCUAAAACAUUAUAAUGUCUAGUAUUUAUUUAGGGGUAAAUAUCCCAUUAAGUAUGAAAAUGUUCUUGGCAACACAAUAUUCUAUGCAAGCUCAUCACUGACAUUUAUCCCCAGUUGGUAAGGGAGACCAGAAACUUAGAUUCGACUUGGCUUUAUGGUGUACCCUGAAAUUAGUUUGCAAAAUCAACUGAUAUUGUAAAUAAUGUUAACACAUUUUCAUACAGAUAUUUUGCAACACAGCUGUUAAUUGUUGAUAUAUGUAGUGGAACAUGCAGUUCCUUAAAGUGAUAGGUAAAAAAAUAAACGUGCAUGGUGCAUUUCAAUACAAAGCAUUUUUGCAAUAUACUUUAAAUAGAAAAAGUGCUUCUAGUAGAAGUUUUUUUUUUUUUUUUCAGCGGCAUACUCACAUAUCCUGUGAAGGCCCCUGCACCAGUGAGCAGUAGCUUGGAUGACACAGAUGAUGUCUUCAGAAGCAAUACACGCUACUGCCAGCUCUCUAAGUAGGUGAAGUAUUUGAAAACUGGUGUAUGGGCCCUCACAGGAUAUGUGCGUUUGCUGCAAAAAAAUCUGUAAUAACUUUUAGUUGAAGCAUUUUGGCUAAUAAAAGUAUAUUGCAAUUACAUUGUCCUUUCUAUCACUAUUAAAGGUAUCUGUGCAUAAACACUUGACUUUUAUGUGAUCAUUCUGUGCCAAUACAAUGUAUAUAGUUUACCUUGUAAAGUCUAAAGUUUUGAACUAAUUACAGGUAGCCCUCAGUUUACGCCGGGGUUAGGUUACAGAAGGAAUGGUUGUAAUUUGAAACCGUUGUAAAUUGAAACCCAGUUUAUAAUGUAAGUCAAUGGGAAGUGAGGGAGUUAGGUUCCAGGCCCCUCUCAAAAUUGGCAUAAGUAACACCUAAUACAUUAUUUUUAAAGCUUUGAAAUGAAGACUUUAAAUGCUAAAUAGCAUUAUAAACCUAUACAAUAAUCACACAACACAGAAUAUAUAAUUAAACUAAGUUAAAUGAACAAAAACAUUUGCUAAACAUCAUUAUAAACCUAAUAAAAUAAUCACACAACACAUACUUUACUUUACAGUUCUUUCUAUGCAUUCCAAUCUGGACUGAUUUAUAGACAGGAAGAUCUUGUUCCUUUGCAAGCUGCUCGAUAGCUCAGGUCUGGUUAAACUGAUUAAUUUCAGCUUGCUUGGCUUGCAUAUAUUUGCUGCAACACAAGCGGACAGCUCCACCUACUGGCUAUUUUAAUCAAUGCAUUGCUUCUCAAUGCUUUUCAAUAGCAGUCACAUGACUGAAAAAAGGUUGUUAUUCUGAAACGGUGCAAAUUGAACCGUUGUAAACCGAGGGCCACCUGUACUAAUAUAUGUAUAUAUACAUUCAUAUACAAAUAUUAUAUGUGCAUUCGUUUAAAAAAAAAAAAAAAAAAAACAUUAAUUUACAUGUUACUAUUUUGUUUAAAUAAACAAUGCUUGAACCAACCAUAUUUCAUGCUGUUUAGGGGUUAUAGAAAGUGCAAGUUUAUUAUUAUGCAUAUAAAAGGAAAUUACAGAAUAAAAAAAAUGAAUGACUUGAAGACUAAAAAUGUAAUUUAUUAUUCAGCAGGAAACCCUAUAUAUCAAUUACCUUCUUUUUACAAUUCUGAAGGUAUUGUGCAAAAUCCUGACCUAUUUAAAAGAAUAAGUAUAAUUGUAUCAUUAUAAUGCAGAAUAGAUCAAGGUUUAUCAAGCUUUAGAAUAUCUAUUGCCAUUCAAACAUCUUUUAAAAUAUAGGGUGGAAACCAUCAGCUAUUGUAAACAAAUGAUUAAAAAGGGGGGUGUUCAAUGUUCCUUUAAGAAGACAGCAGACAAUUUGCAUUGUAAGGCAAAGGCCAAUGCAAAAAAUAAAUAAAACUAUAUUAUUUCAUAAGUGACUGACUGCCAUUCCAUUGCUUGCCAUUUAGAAAUACAGACAGUUACAUGUAUUCUACUUUUGUAAGGAUAAACAAUUGUUCACAGCAGUUAAUUAGACCAGUGUUUUUCAACCAGUGUGCCGUGAGAGACCCUCAGGUGUGCCGCGGCAGACUGACAACAGUGCGGGGGUGUCCCUCUUUCAAAUUUUGAAAUAUUGGGAGGUAUGUGACAGGCUCAUCAGGCAUCAUUUACAACCAUGACAUUAACAUUCAUUCACAGACAAUCAUUAUGAUUGUUUGUGAAUAAAUGUCAAUAUGUCAUGUAUAGUUUGUAGGAGGCAUGGCAUGACAGCACAGCACAGUGUGUGUGUGUAUAUAUAUAUAUAUCCUGUAUUAGGCUACAAUGUGUGAUUUUGUAAAAUGUUGGGAUGGUGGUGUGCCACAGGAUUUUUUAAUGUAAAAAAGUGUGCCACGGCAAAAAAAAAGGUUGCAAAUCACUGAAUUAGACGAUUGCAAAAGCAUUUCAUUACCUAUGCAAGGCUUUCCCAAUGUUCUUUUGUAGCAUCUGAAAUUAGGUUCUAGCACAUAUACAUGGAGAUGGAGGGAACACCCAGAAUGCACUGAGGCCAUUCCCAGGAGUUGCCAAUAGAUGAUGCAGUGACAAAAUGUGUUUGAAUGUUUAGAAACCCAAAAUAUCUACUUCAUGAUUCAGAUUGAUUAUACAAUUUUAAAGAAAUUUCAACUUUACUUCUACUAUCUAAUUUGCUUAGUUAUCUUGGUAUCCUUUGUUGAAAAGCACACCUAGGGACCUACAGUAGCUACUGAUUGGUGCUGCACAUAAAUGCCUCUUGUCAUUGGCUUACGAAUGUGUUCAGCUAGCUUCCAGUAGUGUAUUGCUGCUCUUUCAACAAACGAUCCCAAGAGGAUGAAGCAAAAUUGAUCAUUAAAUUAAAUUGGAAAUUAAAAUGGAAAGUUAUUUAAAAAUUAGGAAGACCAUAUUGCUGCUUUAAAAAGGGACACAUAUGAAAAAUACAUAUGUAAGGAUUCUUAUACAAAUUAUUUCUUUAAACAGCCCUGAAAACAGCCCUUACAUAUGUAUUUUUCAUGUGUCCCUUUUUAAAGCGGCAAUAUGGUCACCCUAUUAAAAAUAGAUGCUCUAUCUAAAUCACGAUAGACAAAUUUGGGUUUCAUGUCCCUUUAAAGGAGCACUACAGUUCAUUUAUAUGCAAUUUAUUAGUAAUUAAACACUGUACAGCAAUAUACCUGCAUAUAUAAUUUUUUUAUUUUUUUUGCGGUCUUAGUGCAGUCCAGGGACAUACCCUUUGAAAAAAAUAGAGCAGGUAUCUCAAGAUUUGUUCCAGCACACUGCCCCUUGGUUCUAUAAACUCAUCAUCAUCGACCCCUUGCUUAUCCGUAAAAAUAUUCAACAUUUAGUAAAAUUUUAAAUUAAUUUUUUUUAGUUUCACAAAUUAAAAUUGUAUUAUUUUGAUACUAUCAUAAAAGUUUUUUAAAGUUGAUAGUCAGUGUGUGAGAGUCUUAUAUACUAGUAGAUAUAAAUAUACUUAAAUAUUAGUAAUUAAUUCCCUAUACAAAAAUGUAGUAAUGUGAUGGAUUGGCUCGAUAAAGUGAUACCAGUUUCUCAGUGUCUGGUUUUAUGUUACUUAGUAGGAAUCUUAAAUUACCUCGUCUAUAAAUCUGGAAUUAUUUUCUUUCCUUGGAGGAGCAUAGUUGUACAACUGCACCAAUAGACUUUAUGGACAAUGUAUUCUACUUACUAAAGUGUUAUGUAGCUGCACACUGCAUAGUUUAUAUCUGGUGACAGAAGACUAAAUAACAAUCAUCAGAUGACUUUUUGCAAAGCUACUCAGACAGGCACAACAGGCUUUUGCUAUGUUUCCUGCUACUAUACAUUCAUUCUAAACUGUACAUUUAAUGUUAACAAUAGUGCUGAUGUACAGCACUGUUAAAAUAUAGAAUGCAAGCCUUCCGUACAAGUGGCUGUAAUAUGUAGCAGUCAGAGUAUAAAUUGAGGAUAGACCUGAAUUAUCAUAAACGAAAAAGCAAAGAAGUAAAAUGUCAAAAAAAAAGCAAGAAAAUUGUUUCUCUUUAGACACGUAGAUUAAAAUGCAACUAAUGAUCAUUGAUCUUAAGGGCACCCACAAGCAUCAUCUUCCACUCAUUACCUACUAGUGCCCCAUAUGGUAAUCCCAGUGCCACCUUCUACUUCUCAUGCCUAUCAGUGCCCCCUUAAGUAAUUCCACCCCCCAGGGGGCAGUACCUCUCACUAUGGUAACUACUGCGUGAGAGUAUGAUAUCUCCUAUGUCAUUUAGGGCCAGAUAUAAAUGUGCUCCUGCAAUGAUCCAGCAAUCGCUGAGUUGUCUGCUGCAGAGUCAUGGUCUUAAUUUUUUUUGCUGUGCAUGUCAGGCUCUCUAGUGGUAAAUUACUGGAAAAGAGUAUACUCGGUAGGUUUUUUUACUACAUGUAAUUCAAUUUUUGUUUUAUGGGUGGGUUAAUUUUUUAAGUUUUAGUCCUUUAAAAUCCUAUAUAAAUAACUGAUAAUAUAUAGUAGAGUCACAAAUGUAUCUCUUUCAGCAAAACUGUGCAUUUUGCUAGGUAUAAUACACUGUGGUAUUCAUUAAAGUUACAUUGCGGCAACAGUGCACAUAUUGCUUCAGAUAAUGCAUCAUGUUUCUUUUAUUACAUGCAGAAAAAUAUACACUGCGUUCACAUAGGACUCAAACUUGCCAUUCUUUAUAUUGCAGAUGAGGACAUAUAGAGGAUUAGUGUAGACAGGAAGUACUGGUUGGGCGUAAUGAUUUCCUCAAGCAUUAGGUUUGACAAGCCUAUACUGCUCCAUAAACAUAUCUUACUGGCGUAUGUUCCAAUUUUCAUUACUGCAACUAAUUCCACUUAGUUUAAAAAACUAGCGAGGGCAUUCGGCAGCUUUGUUAGCCUACAAAUGCAGAAGAAGGUGGCCGCUAUUGCUAUUUUCGGUGCUGGAUUGAUUCUUGUGAAAGAUUAUCACUCUAAACUUUGUGCAAAUCCAGAUCUUAGUCUAGGGAUCUUUCACAAGCUUAAAUCCAGUACCGAAAAUAGCUGAAAUCCAUGAGCGGCUGCCCACUUCUGCAUUCGGCAGCUAACAAAGCUGCCGAAUACCCAUACCUAUAAAAAACAGAUUUGUCAUUAAUAUGUGUGCAUAUUACUUCUAUAAAUGCUAUACAUUUUUCUUAAAUAAACACAUUUUCAAAAUGGAAAUAUUGGUAUGCUAGCCCGCAAGCUGCUUAAACUCAAUCUAGAAUGUUACUAUCCGAGCGAUUCUUCACACUAAGGUUACGGACAGUGCAAGUUAUUAUGUAUACAGUAUUUGAAAGGUAUCUGAAAGUGAAGCUGAAAUUUUAUGUUGGUUUGGAUUAACAAAACAGUUUUAAGGGGACAUUAUCAUACUAAAAUAGGUCAUAAUUACUCAAAUAUCAAAUCUACUGUCAUUUGUAUAGUGGUUAAUAUUAUCAACAUGGCUGUAAGUUUAAUAAUGUCCCCUGAGGUUGUAAGCUUGGCAUUGAGAGUAGGAAUGUUCUUUCCUUAAACUUAUAUUGAAGGCAAGAUGAUACUGAACUACAACAUAUAAUCCAAUACUCUUUACAAUACUGCAAACACAUCUCUUUUAUUCACACCUGUCAUAUGGAGCCUACAUAGGCAAAUUAAAUACAUAUGGACAUUAGAAUUUAAAAGAUGUAUUUCACCAAGAGUUAUUUGCAAUAUUAAUUAUGUUGUGCCUCUGUAACCUUUUUGAAUCUAGGUUAAUGUAUUGCUAUGAUGUGCUGGGGAGGUGGAGACUCAAUGCAUACAAGUCUACAUAUUUCCAAUAGGAGAAAGGAAUGCAAAUUAUGAACAACACAAAAUAUCUGCUUCCGCCUGCUUGAAAUGAAUUGAAAACAAAUAAGUGAUCAUAAUAAAACAAGCUGGUAGUUGAUAUUGAGGCUGAGUAAAGUGUAAAUAUAACCAAACUAAAGGACUGUGUUAUGUGUCAUUGACAAAACAUUGUGAAGAAAUAGUAAUAUAUGCUUACUGCUGGUGUUGCCAAUUCCCGAGUCUAAUAAAAAAAACUGCACCAUAUUUACUAUAAAUAUAUAUUUUCUUUCUGUAUUCACAAUAUUUUGACUUUUAAUCAGCUUUUGUUACAAGCCUUAAUAUGUAAAUAAAGCACACAUUUAUCCAACUGUUGUGCAAGAUUUUUUUUUUUUAAUUGCUCUACUGUUAGACAGCAGUGUAAUUGUAUUCCAGCUCAAUAGCAAUUAAACAUAUCUUGUGCCACAA